CCCUCCGGAGCGGGCACACCAAGCCACGGGGCAACAGCACUGAAACGCGGCCUUAGGGGCCACGAGGGAAUUUUGAUCCAAGCGGAGGGUCAUGUAAGAACAAAAGACAAAAGGAAAACACACAUAAACCUCCUUUCUCUGCUGAAGCUGCCAUUAGAUUCAGUGUUCCAGCUCAGAAGUUCCUAAUAUAUUUUGGCUAGUGAAAAUGGAUUAAGAACAUGUAGAAUCAUUCUGAAUAACAGACUUUCCCAAGUUGUUUAAGUGUGGGAGAGAGAGAAGUUUCCUGACAUGUGAUAGCCUUCAUGGAAACAAGUAUCAAGAAAAAGAAUGUGAACAAAACGUGUAGUAUUCUAUCAAGUGCUGAAGAAGCCCCUAUUAGUAUGUCUAGCACCUUGCCUUUAGAGCAAGUUUCACCAUCUAAUGUGCCAGAGCUUCCCAGAGUUUUUCCCAAAGUAGAACAUCUAGAAGCUGGAUCCCAGAAAAGGUGACCAGGCACUGCAAUAGUAUCACAAGAGGCAAAUUCUUCAGCCAUGUCUCAAACAUCCUUCUCAAGAAGACCUCCCUUCAAGAUAUGCUAUAUCUGUGGCAGAGAAUUUGGGUCACGUUCUAUUGCUAUACACGAACCUCAGUGCCUGCAGAGGUGGCAUAUUGAGAACAAUCAGCUACCAAAGCACCUUAGAAGGCCAGAGCCCCGGAAACCUGAGGUCCUUACUGGUUCUGGUUCCUAUACAAUUGCAGAUGAAAAUGAAGCAGCUUAUUAUAGUGCUCAAGCCCAGCUUGUGCCCUGCAGAAACUGUGGCCGAACCUUUUUUCCUGACCGUCUCCCAGUGCAUGAAAGGUGCUGCAAAGGAGGUAGCAGUGGUGCAAGGCUACCAAGAUCUGGAACUGGCUCAGCACAUGGUGAUCCAUCUAAGGCCCAUCAGGGAACAAGCAGGGGUGCACCAGCUCUAUCAGACCAGGAAAAAGUGAUAAGACGGCCACCAACAGUGAUUUGCUACAUAUGUGGCCGUGAGUAUGGAACCAAAUCUAUUAGUAUACAUGAGCCACAAUGCCUGAAAAAAUGGCACCAGGAGAAUGACAGCCUCCCCAAGCACCUGAGAAGGCCAGAACCCAGAAAGCCUGAAGUCAGAGCCGUGCAAGCCAAAGGCUUCUAUGAUCUUGAUGCUUUAAAUGAGGCUGCCUGGACCAGCGCCCAAGCCCAGCUAGUUCCAUGUGAUAUUUGUGGGCGUACUUUUCUUCCAGACAGACUGAUCGUCCACCAGAGGUCCUGUAAACCAAAACCUGCAAAGUGAAGUGGAUGUAACACGCACGCACACAAAUGCAUGUCUGCUCACACAUACACAGACACACACACACUUAUCUUAAGCUAAAUAAAGUAUGUGUGUGUGUGUGUGUGUGUGUGUGUGUGUGUGUGCAUGCGCAUGUACAUGAAUACAUACAGAUGCACCCGCACCUUUCAGACACACCAUGAGAGAAAUAAAAUUCACCUGGAGAGACAUAG